UACAACUUCAAAUACAAGGUAACACAGAAAGUGAGAGGGUGAAGCAGAAGAAGAAGAAGAAGACUGAUGAUCCCUAGCUGUGAGUCGAAAUCAAUGGAUUCUUGGGGUCGAUUUCUUCUUCUCAUUCUGUGCAUUCUUCCUGCUAUGGUUGAGUGCAGAGUGAGGCACUAUAAAUUCAAUGUGGUGAUGAAGAAUUACACAAGGUUAUGUUCAAGCAAAUCUAUAGUCACCAUCAACGGCAAAUUCCCUGGACCCACACUUUACGCCAGAGAAGAUGACACUGUACUGGUCAGAGUCAAUAAUCAUGUCAAUGUUAACGUUACCAUCCACUGGCAUGGCGUCCGGCAACUGCGAACCGGUUGGUCUGACGGUCCGGCUUAUGUCACACAGUGUCCUAUUCAGCCAGGGCAAAGCUUUCUGUACAACUUCACCCUCACAGGACAAAGAGGGACACUUCUUUAUCACGCACAUGUUAAUUGGCUAAGGUCCACUGUGCAUGGUGCCAUGGUUAUAUUGCCAAAACGUGAAGUUCCUUAUCCUUUUCCAAAACCAGAUGAUGAACUGGUCGUGGUACUAGGAGAAUGGUGGAAAUCUGAUACUGAAGCUGUGAUCAAUGAAGCUUUGAAAUCAGGAUUGGCACCAAAUGUCUCAGAUGCUCACACCAUUAACGGCCUUCCAGGGACUGUGGCUAAUUGUUCCUCGCAAGAUGUGUACAAUCUACCAGUGGAAAAGGGGAAGACCUACUUGUUGAGACUUGUCAACGCUGGACUCAAUGAAGAGCUCUUCUUCAAGAUUGCAGGCCAUACUCUCACUGUAGUAGAAGUUGAUGCCACCUAUGUAAAGCCAUUCAAGAUUGACACAGUCAUUAUAGCUCCAGGCCAAACCACUAACUUCCUCUUAGAUGCAGACCAAAAAUCUGGAAAAUACUUGGUCGCAGUUUCACCUUUCAUGGAUGCUCCAGUGGCUGUAGACAAUGUAACUGCUACUGCAACAGUUCAUUACACAGGCACUCUUGCUGCUAAUCCCACAAUUGUCACAAACCCUCCUCCUAAAAAUGCAACACAAGUUGCUAAUAAAUUCACUGACUCUCUCAAAAGCCUGAAUUCCAAAACAUACCCAGCAAAAGUCCCUUUGAAGAUUGACCAUUCACUGUUCUUCACUGUUGGGUUGGGAAUCAACCCAUGCCGAUCUUGUAAAGCAGCAAAUGGGAGUAGAGUUGUUGCUUCUGUGAACAAUGUGACUUUUGUUAUGCCAACCACUGCCUUACUUCAGGCACAUUAUUUCAACAUCUCUGGGGUUUUCACCACAGAUUUCCCUGCUAAUCCACCUCAUGCAUUUAAUUACACUGGAGCUGGACCUGCAAAUUUGCAGACCGCAAGUGGAACAAAGCUUUACAGGCUUCCUUUUAAUUCUACUGUGCAGCUUGUUCUGCAAGAUACUGGGAUUAUUGCACCAGAGAGCCACCCCAUUCAUCUUCAUGGGUUUAAUUUCUUUGUUGUGGGCAGAGGAGUAGGGAAUUAUGACCCUAAAAACGAUCCUAAAAACUUCAAUCUUGAUGACCCUGUUGAGAGGAACACUAUUGGACUGCCCUCUGGAGGUUGGACUGCAAUUAGAUUCAGGGCAGAUAAUCCAGGAGUGUGGUUCAUGCAUUGUCAUUUUGAGGUGCACACAACAUGGGGAUUAAAGAUGGCAUUUCUGGUGGAUAAUGGAAAAGGUCCCAAACAGUCAUUGAUACCACCUCCUAAAGAUCUUCCAAAAUGCUGACGCACCCACCUCCCUAAAUUAAAUAAACAUGAAAAAACAAGUCUCUCCAAUCGGACAACAGAUGAGUUGGAGACACAACGAGAAGAGAAGAGAAGAGAAGACCAUUUUGAUUGUUUUUUUGAACAAAUGAGAGAUUUUGUUCAAUCCAAGUUCAAUAAAUUAAUCGAGCCAGCAAUAUGUUGUUCUUAUACAAACAUUUUAUUUUUCUUAUGUUGAGGGAUCAGAAUUGGAGUCGACAAGUGUAUGCUUUUCUUGUAUGAUGAAAUCCAUAGGUUGUUUACGUUA